AUGGUGCGCCCGGUGGCGGUGGCGGCUGCGGCGGCUUUCCUGGUCCGACCAUACAGUGGGGCCGCGGGGCAGGUGGACGCGUCGCCGGGCUCGGGGCUAGGGGGCGAGCCCACUCAUCCUUUCUCUAAGGCGACGGCUCCCACGUCUCAGACUCCGAGGACCGGACCCCCUCGCGCUACAGUCUACCGACCUCUGACUGCGUCCUCUUCAGCCCGGUCCCGGGAGACCACCCCUCCUCGGGCGACGUCCGGACCUGCUCUGACCACCCUUCAGGCGCCUCUCGGCCCCUCGUCGACAUCCCCUCCGGCGGUGGAACACACUCCGACCACCCCCCGGGCGACGACAAGACCCACGCCCACCACUCUCCCGACGACCACUGGCCCGGUGCCGACCGCCCCUUUAGCGACCACCAUUCCGGCGCUCACCACUCCGCAGACCCCGACCCGCGUUCUCCCAGGCAGCAGCAGAGUCCCGCCCACCCCACCUGCCACCGAGCCUCCCACCCCUUCUCCCCCAGAAUAUGUGUGUAACUGUUCCGCGGUAGGAAGCCUGGAUGUGAGUCACUGCAACCAGACCACAGGGCAGUGUGAGUGUCAGCCAGGUUUUCAGGGGCUUCACUGUGAAACCUGCAAAGAGGGUUUUUACCUGAAUCACACUUCUGGGCUCUGUCUGCCAUGUGAAUGUAGUCCACACGGAGCCCUCAGCAUACUCUGCAACAGUUCUGGGAAAUGCCAGUGUAAAGUGGGGGUUACUGGCUCUACAUGUGAUCAAUGCCAAGAUGGAUAUUAUCACUUCAGUAAGAGUGGCUGCUUGCCCUGCCGAUGCAAUAACCGGUCUGCCAGUUGUGAUGCCCUCACAGGUGCUUGUUUAAACUGCCAGGAAAAUAGCAAAGGGGAUCACUGCGAAGAAUGCAAAGAAGGAUUUUAUCAGAGUCCUGGUGCCACUAAAGAAUGUCUUCGCUGCCCUUGUUCAGCAGUGACAUCUACAGGCAGUUGUAUCAUAAAAUUGGGUGAAUCGGAACCUAAAUGUGUCCAGUGUAAAGAUGGUUACACAGGCCAGAACUGCAAUAAGUGUGCAAACAGCUAUUACAAUUAUGACAGCAUCUGUAUUAAGUGCCAAUGUCAUGGCCACGUGGACUCAAUUAAAACUCCAAAGAUUUGCAAGCCUGAGAGUGGUGAAUGUAUCAACUGCCUCCAUAACACCACUGGGUUUUGGUGUGAGAACUGCCUAGAAGGUUACGUUCGAGACCUCGAAGAAAAUUGCAUCAAGAAAGAAGUUAUUGUUCCAACACCUGAAGGUUCUACCAUUUUGGUUUCCAAUGCCUCUUUGACCACCUCAGUGCCCACCCCUGUUAUAAAUAGUACCUUUACCCCCGCAACCCUGCAAACUAUCUUUUCAGUAAGCUCUGCUGAAAACAGCACGUCAGCUUUAGCUGAUGUAUCAUGGACCCAGUUUAACAUCAUCAUUUUGACUGUCAUUAUCAUUGUGGUGGUGCUGCUGAUGGGAUUUGUGGGGGCUGUGUACAUGUACCGGGAGUACCAAAACCGGAAACUCAAUGCCCCGUUUUGGACCAUCGAGCUGAAAGAAGACAAUAUCAGUUUCAGCAGCUACCAUGACAGCAUUCCCAACGCAGACGUGUCAGGAUUGUUGGAAGAUGAUGGCAAUGAAGUGGCUCCCAAUGGGCAGCUGACCCUGACGACACCCAUGCACAACUACAAAGCCUGAGGAGCCAGAACUCUUCUCCACAGUGCUCACUAAGACAGUGUCAGUCUCUGGACCAGACAAAGCUGGGUAGAUUUUGCUGAGAAAGCAAAGGCAUAUAGUGCAUCUGAGAUUUUCAGGUACAAAUUCAUAAUGUAUUUAUACUAUUCCUCUUAGUUUUCCUGUGAAGAUCUGAAGUAGUCACUGUCAAUAAGGACUUGAAGUAAAGUAUAUUUUUGUACCAAACCACAUGGGAGUAGAGAAAGGCUAAACCCCAUAGUGCAGCCCCAAUCCACUUUGACCUUCAAAUAGACUCCUGAGGAGUGUCCACUCAACCAGCGGAAACAGGAUGAUGGAUGUGGAGGGGGAGAGGACUGCCGGAAGACUUCAUUUCCAUUCCUGAAACACAUUUUUUAAAAGGAGAGUCAGGGAUGGUAUUCGUUUUACUGUACUGAAAGACACUGAGGAAAAGCUGAUGUCGGGGCUGUAUCACAAUAAACAAUCUUGAUUGUUUCCAAAAUAGGAUCAGAAAAGUUCCAAGAAGGUCUUUAGAAGGGUUCCACGAUUCUUGCUUGGAUUAUAGCACAGGAUAAACUUCUAAUGGUAGAGAGAGGAAGGCAACAUCUGGGAACAGGAAGCUGAUAGUUCUUCUUAGGGUCUCAGUGUAAAUGAUAAAUUGUCUAGAAAUAAGGAAUAUUCCUGCCUCUAGGAAAUAAGGUGUAUAUAGUAAAUGUAGCAUAUCCGGUCAACAUUGUAUUUGUAUCUAUUUGUAAAAAAAAAUCACGUCAUAUUUUAUCAUCUAGAAUGUAUUUGUACAGCAGUUGAUGGCGUUGUAAAAAGGAAAUAUGCAGAUUGGUUAAAAAUACUGUAAAAUAGAUGGCAAUAUGGCUAGAGCUGGGACUCUGGUGAGCAUCAGUCAUUUUAGUCCCUCUUUGGACAUUGUUGAAAUUUAUAAGAGGUUGAAUGUUUCUAAUCUUUCUUUUCAUUUCUCAAUCUAAAAGUAGAGUUAUGUGUUCUUUGACUUAUUAUAGAUUCAAGCAAUAGAUUUUGAAGUGGAUGAUUAUUAAGCUGGGACACGGGCUGCACUCUCCAUGCUACUCACCUAAUUAGACAUUAGCUACUCUAUAUAUUUCACAUAGAUUAAUGUAGAACAUAUCCUCAUUAAAAAUGGGUUUUUUAAAUGUAAAAGAUAGUCUUCCAAAGGAAUUAGAAUAUUUUAGUUCCAAAAGAAAAGCCAUCAUAUCACUUGGGGUCCCCUGUUUUCAUGCCCGUGAAAUAUUUAUAUUUCUUCUCGCCCCCCCCCCUCCGCCCAUAGAAAAAUACCUCCUACAUUUAAACAUAGCCUAUCACUCAUAUGCCAUGAGGCAUGUACCAUCUCUCUGCAGUUUUACCAUUCUGUCUUCUUGUCCGGUUAGGGGUAGCAUUAUAGUUGAGUGGAUAUGGUUAGUCCUGGCUUUUAGAUGCACUUUUCUCUUAGAGAACAUCUGCUGUUGCUCUCAUCUAUCAUGAUAUUGACAGACUCUGGAUUAAAUAAGCCAGGAAAAGUGGCCAGAAAUCAAAUAUAGGUACGUGUUAGGGGAAACAGCAAACUGUCAAGUGGUAGGAAGAAAAAAUCAAUAGACCCAGGAAAUCCAAGUUGACAACUUGGCCUGACUUCCCCAGAGAAAAACCUGGAAUUUGGCCGUACCUCUGUAGGAGGCCACUAAGUUGUUCUCAGGGUUCGGAGAUGAUGCUCCGGAGGAUGAACAGGCAGAUAAGCUACUUCUGGUAACCUGAGGUGCUUUGGAUACUUGGCCAUUGCUCAUGAGAAUAUAGAUUACUUUAUGUUACAUUGUAUUAAAAUAAACCAAUAUUUCUAUAGCCCUUUCAAGGCAUCUUUCCAUAUGUGUGUCUUUCGAACCUCAUCGUAGCCCCUGAGGGAGUAAUUGUUAUCCCCAUUUUAUAGAUGAGGUUAACUGUCUUGUUCAAGGCUACACAAUAUAUCAUUAUUAGGCUUGGAAUUAGGACUCUGAAGCACAUAUACUUUCAACUAUAUGCUAAUGCAGAAAUUGCCUGGCCACAGACACAGAUGGCUGAGAGGAAGAGUUCCAUCUGUAAAUGCUUCUAAUUGUUCUAAGUACAAGGUGCCAUCUAGGGCCAUAUGGCUACGAAGGAAUUUGUGGAAAGAACACAGGAUAACUCUCUGAAGCCAGGAGAUAAGAAAGUAAAAACACCAGUUUGUGCUUCACUAAAGUGAACUAGCCCUUCCAAGCAGGGAGAGAAAACCUGCUUUCCCUAGCAGCUGUCAAUUAUGUGUGUGCAAGGCUGUGUGUUGCACAAUUUUAAGGAACUGUGCAAAGUGGCGUACUUACCUGCCUUUUCCCUAGAUUACCACCCCUGUAAAGCCAGGGAUUUAAGAUGCUGAGAAGUAAACAUUUGUUAAACAAAAGUUAACCCAACAGAGAAAGAAGGAUUGUUUAUUGGGAUCUAAGAACCAAAGCCAAAUAGUUUAGAUUUUGGCCAUUCCUUGAAACAGACUUUAAAAGAUAUCACAAAAAUUCAAUCACAAAGAAUGUUUAUCUUUAAAAACUUGCAAACAGUCCAAGAUCAUGUUUUUAAUUUUUCCCGCUGAAAAAAAUUAAGGACUUAAAUUUUGAAAAUUAAUGUUAUUUUGUGUCCUUUGCUUUUUGCUGGUGGAAAUAAUUUUGUUUUAAAAUAAUCAAUCACGAAGUGAUCUACCACCAAAACCAGAUGAGAAAACCAGUAUGGAGUGCAUUACACAAUAUUCAUUCUUCUAAAGGCACGACCCCCGUGAACUGUGGCAUUCAGCACCAGGCUCCUCCCAUCAGUCCUUUACGAAGACUAAUAUUGGAAUAGUCUUUGUCUAAAGAUUAGAAAUGUGUUUAUUUUCAAAUAAGACAAGACUAGUGUGAAUCUUAUUGAUAAAUGAGAAGGAUACAGGUAUUAAGUGAUACUUUUAUCUUCAUUAACUCAUUUUAAUAGGCCUUUAAGCAUUUCUGACAGAUGCCCUAGGUAGUGUUGUUAGGUAUGUCUGUCCUCCCUUAUUCCCUCCCUCCCUCCAUGCUCUAGCUCCCAGAGGUCUCUCAAUGGAAUUUCUCCAGUUAUAGAGGAAAAUAAUAAAAACUAAACCUCAUUUAUACUAAAGUCCUAUGGACUUACUGUGUUACUCCUAGGGAUACCUGAAUUUUCAGAUAGGAGAACAAAGCAGAUAGAAGGCAAGAGAGAGAUAUUUUGGGAGAGGAUUCGUAGAAGCAUAAAAUUAUAUGGCACUUUCUAGCUCCAUAUAUUCCCAGGAAAUUGACCAUUAAAAAAACACUUGGUGACUCAUGAGUUUGUUUGGGUCAGCUGAAUGCCUUCAGGACAUUUAGCCCUUGUACCAUUUUGGCGGCAGAGAGCUAAACCAACAGUACUUCCUCCUGAGAGCCUCAGCUGGGAUUGGGUUAUUAGAUCAUUCACCUUGCUCCCAUGUUGCUUGUAGGGUACAUGGUGAACAUAACACCACUUGUAAAGAAUAUUCCUGGCUCAUACAUUUUGAGGUAUGUGGGUAGGAGCUGAAUCGACACAUCUCAAGGAAAGCUCAAUGACAAAAGUUCGGAGAAGUAAAAAACAACCCAAUAUAACUUAUUAGAGCAAGGAAAGCAUUUCCGGCCUCAUCCGUGAAGAACCUUUGGUCUGUUAUGAUGCUGAUAGUAAGGAGUUUGGGAUCUAAAACGAGUUCGGUGAAGUGCAGGAGAGUACUGGAAGGCCAGUGCAAGUUUUCAACCCUGAGCCAGUGACUAUGCCAAGGGGAAAAGCAGGAAGAACACACUGAUUCAUCUGAAGAAGUCAAAUAAUACCAAAUGGACUAAAGGUUAUGGAUCAUCAAAAUGUCAGUGGUUGAAUGAUGGUUUUUCAAAGACAUUUGGGAAUCUUUCUUGCUACUUGUGCGUACGCAGUGACUGCGACAGUAGCCCCAGCACGUGAGCCCAGGGAUUCAGAUUUAAGUAAGUCCAAAAGGUAAAUGAUUUAAAGUUAAAUUUUAAUGCUGGGCACAAGCACUCUGUAAUACAUUAAAUUUCAGCCCAAGCAAUUAGGGAAUGGUUCUGAAGUGUUAAACUUGUAUUUAUGUCACUAAAAUUCUAACCAAUUUAAAAACGUGUCUCAUACAUAUGCUGUACUAGGCUUCAUGAUGCAUUUCUAAAUUUGUGUAUGAUUUGAAUAUAUAAAAGAAUUUAUACAAGAGUGUUAUUUAAAAUUAUUAAAAAAUAAAUGUAUAUAAUUUGUA